AACGAGUAUUGGAUUUAUUACGAGUACUCAGGCUGUCGCGAGUCAACGAAAAUAAUUUGAUUGGUUAAGAGAAGUUGGCACGUGGGAAUCCAAUUGUUUUUGCGGCUUUGAAAUACAUCUGCGAAUAUGUUAAAGCUGGAUUCAUGUUCAGUUUAAAACAUAGCGUAGAACAAACAGUAGAGUAAAAUUUUAUUUCAUCACAAAUACCGGUAAUAAUGGAAAAACUAAUAAAAGUUCUGGUAUGUGUUUGCCUGUGCCUGGCUAUUCUUAAUGCACUGACAAGAGCUGCCAGUAUACCAUACGACCUUGACCUCGAUGAGUACAGUCCAGAAGAAAUUGAAGAAGCAAUGCAAAUAAUCGAUGACGUACCUACAAAGAGGGCAAUGUGUGGUAGUGGAUAUACAUAUCAAGCAAUUAUACGAGAAUGCGUUCCUUCACUUGGGGCUCUGCGAGGACGAGGUCGAGGACGAAACGGCAGACGUGGAAGGCGUGGCUUAUCAAAGUGGUCAUGGAGACGAUAUUAAAACAGUUAUUUAGACUUAUUUUUAGAUAUUAUAAAAAAGUUUUAUGAAAUAAAGUUCAUUGGAAUGACA